UUCAGGAUAACCACUCCACCGCUACUGCGGUCAUAUUUAUCAGAAAUCAAAAAUACAGUUUAUUAUUAUUUAUUUAUUUUGUAUGUAAAUAAUUGCUUAAAUAGACCCUGGCCCAAAGGAUUUAAUUUUUCUUUUGUUUACUACAAAUAUGAGCCGGCUCCAAAUUGCGAUUUAGUUAUGGAGAACCUUUGCCGAAUAUGUGGGGGCCGCUCCAAGACGUUGGUGGGCAUUUUCAACAAUGAGGAUCCCAAGGGAGAUGUGCAACCCCAGCUCGCCGAGAUGGUCAGGAGUUGUGCCGACGUCCCCUUGGAUCCUGAUGAUAACUUGCCCCAAAAUAUCUGCAUUGCCUGUGUCCACGACGCACGCACUGCCUACGGAUUCAAGCGAAGGUGCGAAGAAAGCUACAGGAAGUUCUACCUGGCGAUGAGCAAUCAGCAGGUUAAGAUCAAGGAGGAACCCAACGAGGACUACCUGUUCAUUGAGGAUCUGUUCGACGGAAAUCUGGAGGUGAAGGAGGAGUUCGUCGCGGAAACUCCGAAGGGCUCUCCUGCCUCACAAACUGUUGAUUUAAAUGCGGAGUUCAUUGAGGAAACUCCCCAGCACUCACCUGCCCAAGAAGAAACGCCCAAAAAUGCUACCAAAAAGAGUAAACCACAACCAAAAGUCACUAGUAAACCAAGCAGACAGCCAAAAGCUAGACAGAAACCAUCCAUCAAGUGCGACCUUUGCAUCAAGGUGUUUUCGCACCACAGAAACCUCUUGGAACACAUGAAGAUCCACAGCAAUUCCCACGUAUGCAAAAACUGCGGCGAGCGUUUCCUGUUCAAGAGCGACCUGGACAAGCACCUGUGUUACCACACCAGCGAUUCCACCGUAGAGUGUCCCGUCUGCCUGAAGGUCUUUUCGAACACCCUAAGCCUGGAUAAGCACAAGUGCCGGGAGAUAGAGGAACGGCCCUUCCAGUGCCCCCACUGCCCGCAGACCUUCAGCCAGGACCAACAGCUCAAGGCUCACCUGUUGCUCCACCCUGAUCCCAGCCAGAGCGAAGGGCCCCACAAAUGCUCAGUCUGCCGGGCGGCCUUCUUCAAUAAGUCCGCCCUCAAGGUGCACAUUUACGCCCAUAAGGGCGAGCGGCCGUACUCCUGCCGCUACUGCGCGUCCAACUUCCGCUCCAGGCAGGGGCUCUUGGUCCACAUUCGCACGCACACGGGCGAGAAGCCCUACAAGUGUCCACACUGCCCUAGAACCUAUGCGGACAGCAGCAACCUGUCCAAGCACCGGCGACGCCACACCGACGAACGGCCCUACAAGUGCACCAUCUGUCCGCAGGAUUUCCGGGAGAAGCACCACCUGAAACGCCACUUUAUGGGCAAGCAUCGGGACGACGACCAGCCACUGGCGUUGGAGUGAUGCGCCUCAGACAUAACACUGAAGUUGGUUCACUUUUUAUUGGAAAUGGCUUCGACACUUAGUAUUACCGGCAUUCGUAUGCGUUUCUAAAACUGGAUUUCGUAGAAUCAGAAAAAAAUCACUUCGAUGUGAUUCCAAAAGGCGAAGCCAAACCGGUUUCCAUUCAAAACGAAAAUCGUUAUAGACACGAUUGCAGCGUUGCCGUCCGUAUGCGUUUGGGCCACGUGGCACCUUGGGCAUAAACAAACAAGAGACAUCCACCCCUAAAACGGCCCGAAAAGGGCAUUCGAAAUAAAACAACAAGUUGUAUGUUUAUAAAUUAUAAGUCUUACAAAUUGUAAUUGUGGUUUCCGUUUGCUUAGAACAUCAAAGCAGCAACCAAUAUACAAAAAAUACCGAA